CGGUUGCCGCCGCCCGGCCCAGGCGGCUGGUCGGUCCCGCCGCGGCCCCUCCGGUCGGCUCCGCUCCCCCCGAGGAUGCAGUAGCAGAACGUUGCCCAGGUCUGCUGGGAGUGACCCGUGGGAAACGCCAUCCCAGAGGCAUUGGCUUUGCAGCAGGUGACCCAAGAGCAGUGGAGAGAGCUGAGCCUGGGCUGAGCACAUCAUGGGAGCAAACGCCUCCAGCAAGCCACCACCCUUUGAUGAAAACACAGAUGUCACCUUUGACCAUUUUGAGAUAUUGCGAGCUAUUGGGAAGGGCAGCUUCGGAAAAGUCUGCGUUGUGCAAAAGAACGACACAAAGAAGAUGUAUGCCAUGAAAUACAUGAAUAAACAAAAGUGCGUGGAGCGUAAUGAAGUGAGAAAUGUUUUCAAGGAGCUGCAGAUUAUGCAGGGCCUGGAACACCCCUUCUUAGUUAAUUUAUGGUACUCGUUCCAGGAUGAAGAAGAUAUGUUUAUGGUGGUAGACCUGCUGCUUGGAGGGGACCUGCGAUACCACCUCCAGCAGAACGUGCGGUUCCAAGAAGGCACCGUGAAGCUCUUCAUCUGUGAGCUGAUGCUGGCCCUCGACUAUCUCCAGAGCAGGCACAUCAUCCACAGAGACAUCAAGCCUGACAACAUUUUACUGGAUGAGCGUGGACACGUGCACAUCACUGAUUUCAAUAUUGCCACAAUGCUGACUAAAGAAAUACAAGUCACCACCAUCGCUGGCACAAAGCCAUACAUGGCACCUGAGAUGUUCAACUCCACAAAACCCACCGGCUAUUCCUUCGCUGUGGACUGGUGGUCACUGGGGAUCACAGCCUAUGAGCUGCUCCGGACACGGAGGCCGUAUCACAUUCGCUCCAACACUUCCACAGAUGAAAUUGCUCAUGUGUUCAGGACGGCCACAGUGAUGUACCCUGCUGCGUGGUCCACAGACAUGGUGUCGCUCAUCAAAAAGUUGCUUGAGCUGAACCCUAAGAAGCGUUUUUCUCAGCUGAAAGAUAUCCAGGGCUUUCCGUAUCUGUCGGAUGUGAACUGGGAUGCUGUUCUCCAGAAAAGGAUAAUGCCAGAAUUCAUUCCCACGAAAGGCAGACUGAACUGUGACCCAACCUUCGAACUGGAAGAAAUGAUCCUAGAAUCCAAACCUCUUCACAAGAAAAAAAAACGCUUGGCUAAGAAGGAGAAAGACACCAGCAGAAGCAGUUCCUCCCAGGCCUGCCACCUUCAGAAGCACCUGGAGAUGCUCCAGAGGGACUUCAUUGUUUUCAACAGAGAAAAGGUGAGACACCACCACAGCGACAUCCAAGAGACCCUGACACCGGCAAAGAGCAGAGGCACAUACAAGGAGGACAGCCAGAACAACAACCUCUGAGCACACCCGCACACCUUCACCACGCUGGGACACCAGACCCAUCCGCUGCUGCCAGAACCCUGCUGAACGCCUGGUGCCGGGUGGGAGCUGGGGCACCCGCUCCCUCUGCUUUCACCGUCAAGCCAUGGAUCCUGGGCAUGAGGAGAGAGGCUGUGGGUGCUGCCCCCGUGACUUGCCACAGUCAGUUACACUGAGAGCCUGUUAUUUUGCCUAUCUUGGCAGGAGGAAUGUGACAGUGUGAAAUGGAUGAGACACUUAGUAUUCACCCUUUGGGUUGGCUCGCCAGCAUCACAGCCCUUGGUGCUGCCAGCAGCAUGGCUGAAGGGCCAUGCGUGCAUCGCUCAUAGAGAUGUCAUCACCCGUAUCACUCGUGGUGACAGCACUGUGGGUCCAGGCUCUGUGGAGGUCGGAACACCCACAUCCUCACAGCUGGUUGCUCCUGAUGAAGGAGGCUGCUCACUCUCAGCUGCAGGGUCUCCACCAAAGGGCCUUUGCUUACAGACACCUCCCGUGAGCACCCCGUGAGUGUGGGCAUGGGGGGCUGGAAGUGAUGAUCAGCUGGGAGGAGGCAGCGAAGGUUUCCCAUCCGUUUUCCCCUCUCUGUGCUGGUUCCUGCGCUUGUUCCUCGCAGAGCAGCGCUGGGGUCCCGGCUGUCAGAGCAUGCACGCAGGGGUGGAAAUGAAAAGGCAACAACCAGACACUGGCAAAUCACCAGCAUCCAGAUGCUUUUCCAGGCCAGCCUGAAAAACCCAUUCACCAUCACAUGAAACUGCUGCAACUCACUGAAUCUGAUGGGGUUCAGCUUCCAACACCAGAGGUGAAUAUGAAUGUGUAUUUUUAUUCUCUUUACUAUUUAAAUCAUGCUUGAUUUAAGCAGCUACUAUUUGCAGUGGCUGUACUCCUGGUGCAGUCUUUGCCAGGACUGAGAAUGGCCAAAGCAUUUCUACGAUGGUAAUGCUGGGAAAGAUGCUGUUAUAUAAAUGCUUUGGCAGACCUGAGGUUUCACCUCCUGAUUUACCAUUUUUCCUAUUUUCAGCAAUAUAACGAAUGCAUGAUGAAUCAUUUGCCUCCCGUUUACCCAGAGGUGUUCUUUGUCUCCCCUGUGCCUUCCUCUCUUUCUGGCUAAAUCUGAUCAACUCCAAAAAAAAAACCUGAACAAAACCAACAGCACAUGAAAGGCUCAGAAGUCAGUGUUACUUCUGAGGUCACUUGCAUAGCAAAGCAGAAAGGGUGUUCCCUCCUGCCUA